GGGCUAACCAGGCAAACAUCUAUGGUUGAAGUGGAAAAAAACACACAGCUCUAUUAGCCUAUAGCAGCAGAUUAAUACAUGUCAGGACGGUAGCCGGGAAUCGAUUCAUCAUCGUGUACGGCUGACCUGAAUUUUUACAUUUAUUUCCUGGAGGGCGCUACAUUUUAUCCUCGGAUGGGAAAUGACUCCAGCGUCGGCCAGGCGUUUAUUUGUUAUCUGAGAGGAGUCGUAACUGACGGGCUACCUGGCUAACUCCCCCUACCCCCUUUCAACGAGUUAGCUACUUAGCGAUAGAGGUGUGAAAACAUAGAAAUCCGGCUUUGGCAGGCUGUGGUCAAGAGAACGACACUUGACAAUGAAUGGCCUUUCUGUGAGUGAGCUGUGCUGCCUGUUCUGUUGCCCCCCUUGCCCCAGCCGCAUUGCUGCCAAGCUUGCCUUUCUGCCCCCUGAGCCCACCUAUUCCCUCCUGCCCGAUCUUGAGGCUGUGCCAGUUCCGGCCGGAUCCUCAGGGACAUUGAGCCUACGCUCCCGGGGAGGAGGUGGUGGUGGUGGGAGUUCGGUAGGGGGAGGGAAUGCCACAGGUGAGGGCCGCUGGAAGCUCCAUCUCACAGAGCGAGCAGAAUUCCAGUAUUCCCAGCGGGAACUGGAUGCCACGGAAGUGUUCUUGACUCGCUCUAGUCGGGGUAACAGAGUGGGCUGCAUGUAUAUCCGCUGUGCCCCCUCUGCUAGGUUCACUGUCCUGUUCUCCCAUGGUAACGCAGUGGAUCUAGGUCAAAUGAGUAGCUUCUAUAUUGGCCUGGGCACUCGCAUCAACUGUAACAUAUUCUCUUAUGAUUACUCUGGCUAUGGGGUUAGCACAGGGAAACCAUCAGAAAAGAAUUUAUAUGCUGACAUAGAUGCAGCGUGGCAGGCUCUACGCUCAAGAUAUGGCAUUAGCCCAGAAAAUAUAAUCCUGUAUGGACAGAGCAUUGGCACAGUGCCCACUGUGGACCUGGCAUCACGAUAUGAGUGUGCUGCUGUGAUUCUUCACUCUCCUCUCACCUCUGGCAUGAGGGUGGCCUUCCCAGACACUAAGAAAACGUAUUGUUUUGAUGCGUUUCCCAACAUUGAGAAAGUGUCUAAAAUCACAUCUCCAGUGUUGAUAAUCCACGGGACGGAGGACGAGGUGAUAGAUUUCUCCCAUGGCCUGGCCCUGUAUGAGCGCUGCCCCAAAGCCGUGGAGCCACUGUGGGUGGAGGGAGCCGGACACAAUGACAUCGAACUGUACAGCCAGUACCUGGAACGCCUGCGUCGCUUCAUCGGUCAGGAACUAGCUGCACAACAUGCCUGAGCACUCCUGCAUCUCUGUUUCUCUCUCUUUACAACUCGUCAUCCCACCAUCUCCCAGUCUGAGUGAGAGUGAGAUGGAUGCAUCUGUAACUUACUGAAGGUUGCCAUUUUGUAUGGACGACUAUUAUCGGAGCAGCUCGUUAUGAAUGCUCCUCUACUCUGAUUUUUUUCCUCAUGUGGUGUCCCCACCCUCCCGUUACUUGUACGUGUGAGCAUGCAUAUGCAUGCAUAUGCAUAUGUGUGUGCAUAGGAAGGGCAAUUUCUCUGGGGCAAGUAUGGAUGGAUUCCUCUCUGCCCCUUAAACAGUGCAAGGAAAUAAGCCAGACCCAGCCCUGUACCUCCAACCUGACUUUCUUUCUCUGUAUCUGAGUAUUCGUCUGUCGGUCGUUCGGUGGUUUCCUUCUCCAGUCUGCUCCCAUGAUGCCUCAGCAGAAAGAUCUUCACUUCCCAUUUGUUAAUGGACAACCUAAAAUAGCUCAAUCUCAGUGUUGGCAAAGUUCCUAGCCUUGGUACAAAGCUUCGACCCUGCAGUGGAUUGGAAUAAACAGGAUGUUUGGCAGUGCAUUUCAGGAUUGCGUUUUGAUUCAUCCUACACUAGUGCAAAGAUGCCCAUCUCACUAUUAUCUCACUACGUUACCAUUUGGCUUCCACUCUUCUGCCCAGGUUUAUGAGUCAAUUUUUUCUCAGACUUGCACUGAUGUUGCCCCCUGAUUAGGUUCCCUUUAUGUAAAAGAUGACACCUGAUGAUCUAUACUGCUCCAGGCAGGGAAAACUCAAAUUGCUUUUGUCCCUAGCAGAUCAGUCCAUAUUAUCUUUCCCUCUCCAUCUCUCUUCCCUAUCUUUUUACAUGUAAGGGUGUCCAUAGCACCCUGAGGUGAAAGAAACUGCGAAGGCAACUCACUCAUCAUGUUUCAAUGAAAACACUGUGGUCGAGAUCCAUCACAUGAUAUGGAGUACACCUGCUGCUCUCUUAGUAAAGCAUAUAUACGUCCAGAACCAUGCGUCAUGUUUUUGAACUGUUUGGCCAGUAGCAAGAUUGAGGUUUCGUUAUCUCAUUGGGACUUUCCUAAAGCCAGAUUUCCACAUUUAUACAUGGCUGCCAGGAUCACCAUCAGGCAGUUGAACCUUUUAAACUGGGCUUGUGUUUAUAAAUGGAUUAAACAAAGAAUGCAUACAACACGGGUAGUAGUCAGAGCUUAAAAUAUAAAUCACUUUUGAAGUCUGUGGCAAUGACAUACAAAUCCCAACCAGUUUUUCCAGUUUUUACAUCAGGUAUAUGUCCCUGGCAGGGAAAUGUUACAUCUACAGAUUGCAUUCAAAUUCAAGGCCCACUGUAAUCACGCAUAUUUAAUUUGUGGUCUGGUGUUUUUUCUUUUUUUUAUCACCGAGUUAAAUGUGUUGAAUUUGGAAUGCGAUAGGUCAGGGUUUUCCAAAAGCAUUGCUGCUUAAGUUGAUUGUAGAGACCAUUGGCACCCGUGGUUUCUACGAUCUACUUAGGCUUACGAUGCUAUUGGGAAAUGCAGCCCUGAACGUUUAAAUUCAUAGUUUAUAAAUUUAAAGGGUGUAGUUCAUCCAAAAUAUAAAUUUCUGUCAUAAUUUACUCACUAAAUGCAAUGAAAGUGAAUGAUGAUGGAGGCUGUCAGUCCCUAACAUUUUGCCUAACAUUUCAUUUUGUAUGUUCAGUUAAAGAGUUCUCUUUAUGAUGUCUGAUGUCGUGGAUGCAACCAUGACUCUUACAGGUAUCAGGUUUCAUGGUGUAUAGAAAGACAAGAUACCUAUAGGUUGUAAUAUUCUUUGAAUUCCUAAAAACACUUGUGCUGAGAUCACUCAGUGGCGUGUCUGUCUCUCAGACUUAAGCUCUUCAACUGUGAAUUAUUAAGAGUACUGGCUGCUACAGAUCACGGUUGAAUGGUCUCAAAUGAAAUUAAAGGGCCAAACACUUCAACCUUCUGUUUUCUGAUGCAGCAAAGACUACCAAGCAUUUUGUUAUUGAGAUAUUACAUAAUGAUACCUAAUACACUUCCCCAUGCUGGCAUGAUUCAUUCUUGCUGUUUUUAAAAGGAUUGUUCACCUAAAAAAUUAUAAUAAUUGUUUACUCUAAUGGAAACAAUAUAUUCUUGGAAACACAAAAGAAGAUAGUAGGCCAAUCACUUUCAUUAUAAGAGAAAAAAGAUGCAAUUUAAAGUGAAUUGUUACUGGGGCUAACAUUUUGUGUUCGUUAUAUGGGUUUAGAAUAAUGCAAGGGUGAUUAAAUAAUGACAAAAGUUUCAUUUUUGGGUGAACCAGCCCAUUUACACAUUGGGCUGUGGUUUUAUAACUAUUCUGGAUUCCUCAAAGUAACUCACAAUAAAUAUAAUUAGAUUAACUUUAAUACCUUGUUAGAAUAGACAAAUAUUUAGAUUUUAUGUCAUCAUAGUUGCAAGCAGGGUCAGAACUUAUAUAUUUGCUCCCUGGAUUUCAUUUUCAAGGGCAUUUUAUACCUUUUUAUAGGGCCUCCCCCCCCCAACCAAUUAAGAAAAUAUACAAGAUGUCAACCUUUUGUCACAUGAUUAAAUGCAUUGACUUAUGUUGUCAGUAUGAAUAACUAGAUUGAGAAUUAAUUACCUCUUGUCUAUAAAAUUCAAUUAAGUAUUUUGAUGUUCAAAAAUUGGCCCCUUUCACUUCCAUUGAAGGUGCCUCACUGUAACCUCAAUUUUUUUUAAAGAAAAGGAGGAACUGUGGCAAUUCAUUUUUGUGGUAAUCAACGUUAUUCCACAAAUGCUGUCGAUUGAGCUUAAAUUAUAUUGAACCUGGAACCUUCUUUUAAUGUCUGACCUUGGUUGCAAUUAGUUGUUUUACACUUGUUUUUAGAAGAAAUCAUGCAAUGUCCAAAAAUCCUGUUCCAUAAUUCUCUUUUCAGCUUUAAACCAUUCGUUCUGAUCACCCAAAGAACCAUGUUUGACUCCCCCAAUUUGCAUGUGUUCGCCACAUUCCCACUACUACAAAAAGCACAGUGAUCACUCUGUAUUUAAACUCUUCAGAAAAAUACACAACUGGUUUGAACGUAAAAACCAAAGCCUGAUUCCAACAACUCUGAUUCCAUGUUUCAUCAUGUAUUUAGGUAUGCAUUCUGUGGUUGAACACAACAGGGCUUAUUCAUUCUCCAUUCUAACCAAAGAUGACAGGUGUUGGAGUUGUUAUGGCUGCUCACUGCCAUUUGUCACCACUCAGAUAUGGCUUGAGGAGGGGGGGGUGGACUUGGGCUGUUCAGACAAAGCCAUGUCUCACAGUACAGGCUGCUGUUAUAGCUGCCAAGAGGAAGUUUUGUGUAGAUUUAGUGUUUACCUCCAAUAAGACACAAGUGUUUAGAGGGCUGAAGCAAUACAGACUUGGAAACAGAGGACUGGAUAUGAGGAUAACAUGUGCAUACAGUUGGGGAGGAAGUUGGACUGGGAUGGGGUUGGAGUUACCCAGAGACUCCACCCCAACACAUUAGCUAUGUUUGAAAUAGCUUACAACCAUACCAUUCUUUAUAUUUUUGCAAUGGGAAGAGUCAAAUGGAAGUAUGGUAAUCUGAAAAAGCUAUUGAUUCAGCUCUUUUUAUUAAGAUAUUUUUUCUUGUUAAAGAAAAUUAGUUAUAGAAAUGUGUUUUUAAAGCCAUCCGAUGUAUGUAUUGUAUAGCAUUUUUUGAGAAUCUUAAUCUGGAUGUUUGAGAAUCUUACAGGGUCGGGAGCAAGAGUCAAUGGGGUUUUACAGUUCUAUCAUUUUAUGCAUUAUUCUAAUGUUGUUGUUUUUUGUUUAAAAGAUGUCUUUUUCCUUUUCCAGAAUUAAUUGAAAAUAUGAGAUCAUAGAAAAUAAAAUUACAAAUUGAUAAUGAUUGUAAAUCUUGU